AGAGUCCAGCUGUGUGUGUGUGAAGAGGAACAACUCCAUGAUGAAGCGUCGUAACUCCAGCAGUGGAGGAGGAACCUCUGACCCAAAGGUAAAGAGAGCAGCGUCUCCAGCACCCAGCUGUGUGUCUCUGAAGAGUGAUGCGUCCAUGGGUCGUCCGCCUAACUUCAGCAGUGGACCUGUGCCAUCUGACCCAAAGGUAAAGAGUGCAGCGUCUCCAGCACCCAGCUGUGUGUCUCUGAAGAGUGAUGCGUCCAUGGGUCGUCCGCCUAACUUCAGCAGUGGACCUGUGCCAUCUGACCCAAAGGUAAAGAGUGCAGCGUCUCCAGCACCCAGCUGUGUGUCUCUGAAGAGUGACGUGUCCAUGGAUCUUCCUCGUAACUUCAGUAAUGGAACUGUGCCAUCUGACCCAAAGGUAAAGAGAGCAGCGUCUCCAGCACCCAGCUGUGUGUCUCUGAAGAGUGAUGCGUCCAUGGGUCGUCCUCCUAACUUCAGCAGUGGACCUGUGCCAUCUGACCCAAAAAGAACUCAUCCUGUUCUACAUCCACACAAAGACAAGGAAGAGUCCAUACAGCAGGACUCUCGCACACCAGUGGAUAAUGUCCUACACAGAGACUUACACACACACAAAACCAGCAUGAAGAACAAGUAUGAGAGUUUAUUUGAGGGAAUCAAAUCACAAGAGAAUAAAACCCUCCUGAACAGGGUUUACACACAACUCUACAUCAUAGAGGGAGAGAGUGAAGGAGUGAAUGAAGAACAUGAGGUUUUACAGAUGGAGAAAACACUCAGGAAACAGCUGGUACAAGACACUCCAAUCUACUGCUCAGACAUCUUUAAACCUGUACAAGGUCCUGAAGGAGACAUGAAGGAAGAGAAGAUCAGAGCUGUGAUGGCUGAAGGUGUCAGACACACAGAACCAAAAGAAGAUAAAGGCCCAGAAGUGCCAAAGCUCAGAACUGUUCUGACCAAAGGCAUUGCAGGCAUUGGGAAAACUGUCUCAGUGCAGAAGUUCAUUCUGGACUGGGCCGAGGGAAAAGCCAAUCAGGAUGUAGAUUUCAUGUUUGUGCUUCCAUUCCGGGAGCUGAACCUGGUUAAAGAUGACCAGUACAGUCUGCAUAGACUCCUGUGUGACUUCCACCCUGAGAUAAAAGACCUGGACCCAAAGAUAUAUGAUGUGCGCAAAGUUGUGUUCAUCUUUGAUGGCCUGGAUGAAAGCAGAAUUCAACUGAACCUUUCCCAGUGUCAUAAAGUGUCUGACAUAAGCAUGACAUCAUCAGUGGGUGUGCUGAUGUCAAACCUCAUCAAAGGAGAGCUGCUUCCCUCUGCUCUCAUCUGGAUAACCUCCCGACCAGCAGCAGCCAAUCAAAUCCUUCCUCAGUACAUCAACCGUGUGACAGAAAUUCAGGGAUUCACGGACCCACAGAAGGAGGAGUACUUCAGGAAGAGAGUCAGUGACCAAGACCAAGCUGAGAAAAUCAUCUCACACAUAAAGACAGCAAAGAGCCUCCACAUCAUGUGUCACAUACCAGUCUUCUGUUGGAUCUCAGCCACUGUGCUUCAGGAAAUACUAAAACAAACUGAUACAGAAAUCCCUAAAACUCUGACUGAGAUGUACAUACAGUUCCUACACACUCAGAUCAACAUGAAGAAUGAGAAGUAUGAGGGGGAAAAGGAAAGAGAUCAAAAGAAACAUCUGGAAUCCAACAGUUCCAUGAUUCUGAAACUGGCUGAACUGGCUUUCAAACAGCUGAUGAAGGGAAACGUGAUGUUCUAUGAAGAAGACCUGAGAGAGUGUGGCAUUGAUGUCACUGAGGCCUCUGUGUACUCUGGGAUCUGCACUGAGAUCUUUAGGGAGGAAUCUGUGCUGUACCAGAGGAAGAUCUACUGCUUUGUACAUCUGAGCUUUCAGGAGUUCCUGGCUGCUCUCUAUGUGUUUCACUGCUAUGUGGAAAAGAACAUGGAGGUACUGAAGAUCUUUCUGCAUGGAAGGAGCAGAUCUCUUCCUGGAACUCAGUCGAUUUUUUAUUACCAUAAUUCUGAUGAUUUUGAUUAUUCUGAUGAUUCUAAUCAGUCUGAUGUUUCUGAUGAUUCUAAUGAGUCUGAUGUAAUAAUAACAGGUAAUAAAAGAGUAAUAAACAAUAACAUGGAGUCUGAGAAUAUUCCUCUCCAUGACCUACUGAAGGCAGCAGUGUGUAAAGCCUUAGAGAGUCAGAAUGGAUACCUGGACCUUUUCCUUCGUUUCUUGCUGGGCAUCUCACUGGAGUCCAAUCAGAGUCUCGUACAAGGCCUACUGACCCACACACACAGCAGCCCAGAGAGCAUCACAUACACAGUCCAGUACAUCAAAGGCAAAAUACAAAAAGGGCACCUCCCCACUGAGAGAUCCAUCAACCUGUUCCUCUGUCUGUCUGAAAUGAAGGACCAGUCUCUCGCCAGAGAGAUUCAGGAGUAUCUACGAUCAGAGAAACACUCAGGACAGAAGCUCUCUCCUGGACAGUGUUCAGUAUUAGCCUGCAUGCUUCUGACCUCAGAGGAGGUGCUGGAGGAGUUGGACUUGGAGAAAUACAACACAUCACAGGAGGGUUACAGGAGGCUGAUCCCAGCUGCUGCAAACUGCAGGAAGGCUCUACUAGGUAACUGUAGUCUGGACACAGAUUUGUGUAAAGCUGUAUGUUCCACUUUGGCAUCAUCAAACUCCCCCCUGAGAGAACUGAGUAUCAAUAUCAGCACCCUGGAAGAUGAAGGAGUGAAGCUGCUUUCUGAUGGGCUGAAGAGUUCAAACUGUAGACUGGAGAUGCUCAGUCUUACAGGCUGUAACCUCACAACAGACCGCAGUAAAAGUCUCUCCUCUGUUCUGACAUCAGCCAAGUCCUUCCUGAGAGAACUGCACCUCAGAAAUUGUGACUUUCAGGAUUCAGGAGUGAAGCAGCUCUCUGCUGCACUGAAGAGUUCACACUGUAAACUGGAGAUUCUCAGACUGCCAUUGUGUAAUCUUGGAGAGCAGACAUGUGAAAUUUUGGGUGCAGCUCUUCAACUCACAAACAACCGCCUGAGAGAAAUCGACCUGUCUAACAAUGAUCUGCAGGAUUCAGGUGUGAAGUGGCUCUCUGCAGGACUGAACAGUUCACACUGUAAACUGGAGAUUCUCAGACUGUCUGGUUGUUUGGUCACAGAGGAAGGUUGUUCUUCUCUGGCUUCAGCUCUGAGCUCAAACCUCUCCCACCUCAAAGAACUGGAUCUGACCUACAACCACCCAGGAGAGUCAGGAGUGAAGCUGCUCUCUGCUAGACUGGAGGAUCCCCACUGCAGUCUGGACACUCUCAGGUAUGUAGAAAUCCCCUGUCCUUGAACUGAUCUGAUACUCAACUGUGUUCUCAAAUACAACCUGCUCUCAUACAC